GCGAGCCCAGCGAGUCUGUGCUUCCUCUCCCUCUCAUCCCCGAUCAGUCGUCCAACGAUGCCUGCGGGAAGCAGCCCUUCGCAAGUAAUUGGGAAAGUCAUUGCGCUCGGCUUGAUCGCGCACCAAGUCUUCCGCAAGUACGAAACCUACGACAUUGCAGUCCACGGCGCAUUCCUCUUUUUGCCUCCCGCCCUCCUCUCCUUGUUCUCCUCUCCGCCACAAUGGACGCUCCUCCACGCCCUGCUUUUCAACUCAGCGACGUACCUUACCACACUCGUUAUGUCUGUGAUCGUCUACCGCCUCUCCCCUGUGCAUCCUCUCGCGCGUUACCCUGGGCCGAUCGGAUGCAAGGUGUCGAAGUUCUGGAUGGCGUUCUUAUCUAUGCCAGGUUACCAGCACCAGUAUAUCAAGUCGCUUCAUGAGCGGUAUGGGGAUGUUGUGCGCAUCGGCCCGAACGAGGUCUCCGUCCGCGAUGCCACCGCGCUCCAUGCCCUCCUCGGCCCCUCCGGUGCCCCCAAGGGUCCCCACCUCGUCGGGCGCGUCCUCUCCGAACACACGCUGCCGAUGGUCGGGAUCAUGGACACAGACGUGCACCUCCGCCGGCGUAAGAACUGGGGCCGCGGCAUGAGCCCUGCCGCGAUCAAGGAUUACGAGCAAUUCAUUGCGCUUCGGGCGCGCCAGCUCCUGGAGCGACUCGAGGGUCGCAUGGGCGAGGAGGUCGUCAUCGGGACUUGGUUCAACUUCUUCACAUACGACUUUAUGAGCGAUAUGGCGUUCGGUGGGGGGACGGAGCUUAUCAAGGCGGGCCAUGAUGAGGGGAAUGUCUGGGCGUUGCUUGACGAGGCCAUGUUCAUCUCGACGUUCCUCGGGCAUGUCCCGUGGCUGGGGGUCCACUUCGGGAAGAUCCCCGCCGCGACCGGCAACCUGAACAUACUACUGAACAACUGCGCCGAGUGCGUCAAGGCGCGCCUGAAGCGCGGUUCGCAGAGGAAGGAUCUCUUCCACUACCUUAACAAUGAAGACCUUACGGACAAGGCUGCACCCCCGAUGCAACAGCUCAUCGAUGAUGGUGUGCUCGCAAUCGUCGCGGGGGCGGAUACGACUUCGAGCGCGCUCACGGGUCUCAUGUAUUUGCUCCUGACGCAUCCGGACGCGUACCAGAAGCUGCAGGCAGAGAUCGACAAGUUCUACCCUGCGGGAGAGAACGCGCUCGAUACAAAGCACCAUCGCGAUAUGCCGUACCUCACGGCUGUCAUAAACGAGACUCUGCGUGUCCUCCCGCCGGUGCCAGGAGGUAGCCAGCGCCAGGUCCCAGUAGGUGGUAACGGUCUCGUCGCUGGAAACAUCGUCCUCCCCCCAGGCACGAUCUUCUGGCCGCACAUCUAUUCGCACCAUCACGACGCGCGCAAUUUCUCUCCAUACACCUCCGAUUUCUGGCCCGAACGCUGGCUCCUCGCUUCUGGGGACCUUGACUCUUCGCGCGGCGUCACUGCGUCUUCUCCUGAAUUCCGGCACAACGAGGCCGGUUACCUGCCGUUCUCGAUCGGGCCGAUGAACUGCGUGGGCAAGGCGCUUGCGCUGCAAGAGCUGCGGAUGGUGGUGUGUGCGUUCUUGCAAAAGUUCAAAGUGAGAACGAAGGAGGGGUGGGAUCCGAGGACGUAUGAGAGGGAGUAUAGGGAUUACUUCACGUCGCCGAGGCCGGACUUGCCUGUAAGGCUUGAGGUGCGGUCUUGAGGGGUUGGGUAAGGCAAUGGUGCGUCGGGCACCUGUAUCUCUUCUGUGAUGUACUGUUUCAGCAAGUGCGAUAUACCUUAUCAUUUC